CAGCGCCUCGCAGUGGCUGGAGCGCCGCAUUGCAUAACCAGAAGCCAUGAAUAUGAUUUGGAAGAGCAUAGAAGGGCCGCGUGCUUCACAGCUGAAAGCUCGCGGAGGUUUGUUUGGGGCUGGGUGUCCCUGCGGAUCCUCCGGGGUGACAGAUGCAUGUGGACCGUCAUGUGCAGGUAGAUGAUAAAUAGCGCACGGUGGGCUCGCCUGCACACUCGGCGAUCUCAUCUCUCAAUCAAUUGACAUAUCUGUCACCUUCUCCUUCCACAGACUCCCUCCACACCAGAACACACAUUCAUAAUGGGCUUCCUUGAUAGCAUUGUCGGCAAACUCACAGGCGAAGGCCAGCAGGGCGGGCAGCAACAGUAUGGCGGACAACAACAACAGUAUGGCGGACAACAACAACAGUAUGGCGGACAACAGCAACAGUAUGGCGGACAACAGCAACAGUAUGGUGGACAACAACAGUACGGUGGCCAGCAGCAAUACGGCGGUCAACAGCAACAUGGUCCCCCGCCGGUCUCGCCACCGUGGUACGCCGAAUGGGAUAACCGCGAGAACCGCUGGAUCUUCGUGAACCAGCAGAACGGCGAACGCACAUAUCAGUACCCUGGGCCAGGAAACCAGAGCCAAGGAGCCUACGGACAACAGGGCGGAUACGAUCAGCGAGGCUCCGGUCAGCAGCAGAGUGGCUACGGUGGUGGCUAUGGACAACAGCAACAACAAGGCUACGGCCAACAGAGUGGCCACGGUGGCGGAUACCCCCCGCAAGCACAGCCGAAGAAGGAGGGCAGCAAUGCAUGGAAGUACGCUGCUGGCGGCGCUGCCGGUCUCGUCGGCGGAGCGCUGCUGAUGCACGAGGCUGGAGACAUCAAGCAAGACUGGGACGAAGACAAGUACAAGAUGGACCAGCGCAUGAACAACAUUGGCAACGACGUCGAGAAUUUCCCCGAAAACGCCGCAAACUGGACCGGCCAACAGGUCGGCAACGUUGAGAACUUUGGUGACCGCGUUGAGAACAAGUGGGACAACGCUGUCGACGACGUCGAGGACUUCCCCGAGAACGCGGCGAGAUGGACUGGCGAGAAGGUCCAGUCAGUCGAGGACAUCCCUCAAGACAUCGAGAACAAGUGGGAUGGCGCUGUGGAUAAUGUCGAGGACUUUGGGGACCGCAUGGACAAUGCGUACGACGAUGGCAGGAACGAGCAGAGGUAUGACGAUGAUGACUACUAAGAGAGCACCAGAGCGAACGGCCAGUUCUGCUGCACCGUAGGAAUGAGCAAGUGCAUGCUUCUUCCCCGCCUAGCUACAGUGAUCCUUCCGCACUCGCGGACCUUGCAAAUAUCAUUUGCUCAGCGUAUCUGCCUUUUUCCUUGAUGAGUUCUCCAUCUAGUUUGAAGUCCAUCUCCAUCAUCACAGAAGUGCUUUGCUUUUAUUAUGCCGCAGUACUUUGUAUACGUUC